AUGUUGACUUACGACAACGAUCUCGACAGAUUACAGCGCACCGCAUACCUUCAGUAUGAACUUGAGCCGCCUCAAAUGCGAGCGCAGCAUUAUGAGGAAGACGAGUAUCUCGCCAUAUUCUACACCUUACUCGACAUGCAAGCGCCGUCGCUUAUAAACCUCUUCCGCGAUAAUGGACUCAACAAACUUCCGAUCGAACUCACCUACCUGAAGAAGUGCAUCAAGCCCCCACUGAAACCUCGAUUUCAUGAUUUUCACGAGCGAUUCUAUAAAAAACAAUUCGACUGGUGUCCGAUACGGUUUAACAUGGGCAUGCGUCAAGUCUAUCGCGAUGCAGUCUGUCCACUCUCGCGCAAGGAGAAGAUCACGCCGUAUCGUGAGGGCAAGGGACCAAAAGAGAACAACGCCACUCUAUACGCCAUCGACGUUCCAGAGGAACUCGUUGGCCGGCAGCUCCGGGAGAAAAUGGCAUCAGCCAAGAUUGAAAGACAAGGAGAGGGGAGAAAUGGUAAGGGUCUGACAUAUCGCUUCGCUUUGAAACAAUUCAGGCCACACAAGCAUGAGCACUUCCUCAAUGAGAUCAAGAUGUUCAGCAAUCUUGAACAUGAGGAAGGAAUGAUUCAAUACAUUGGAUGGUUUGGGAAUUUCGAACUUGGCGAGGACGGUGCUAAACAAGAAUACUUCAAUAUUGUUCUAGAGCUUGCCGACUUUGACUUUUAUGAGGCGAUGAUGAGGCUGUCACCGCCAAUAUCCUCAGAAGAAAUUCACGGCUUCUGGGAGUCUAUGUUCGAGAUCUCGAAGACACUGGCAUCUAUCCACACAAUCACUAUCGCUGGCAUGAAAUAUUGGACAUGGCACGGAGAUAUUAAGCCAGAGAACAUUCUGAGAGUCAAUGAUCGCUUCAAACUAGCCGAUCCUGGUGAAGCAAGCAUGUUACUCAAAAGUUCCGCAACACCAUACCUACCGCCGUCAAAAUCAUUGGGGGGAACAAGAACUUAUGCGGCACCUGAAAAGGCAGCUUGUCUAGAUGACAUCAGCGCCAAGAGGCCGAAAGUCACUCCAGGGAGUGAUGUGUGGUCUCUUGGGUGUGUCUUAUCAAUUGCUGCGACCUAUGUUGUUCUUGGGACUCAAGGAGUCCUGAUCUACCAACGGCUCCGUCGUCAGGACACUCAGAAUGCCAGGGGGAGAAUGAGUGAAGCAUUCCAUGACGGCGAGCAAGUCCUACCUGAGGUUCUUCAUUGGCACCAGUAUCUGCGCGAAGCAGCCAGAAGGACAGACCCGUACACGCCCGCCAUCUUGGACAUGGUCGAUGGCCACAUGCUUGUGCCCGGAGAUAGGCGGGAAACUGCGAAGAAAGUUUGCAGCAGCUUCAAAAGCAUUAUCGCGAAGAAUGAUACCCGCCCUUCCAAAGUCCCUCCUGGCUUGCAACAUAUGCUUCAAAGCAUUGAACUCGAGGUUGAACGUUCUUCGGAACAUAAGUCUGGUAUCAAGAGAGUUGACUCAGACGAUAUCACAAAACCGAUGGAACGGUUUGACUUGCCCUUACCUGAGAUUGAGUUUGAGAGUCAGAAGAAGUUGUUGGAUCAAGCCAUCCAGCCAACAGCGCAACGGCCACGCACGAUGCGUGGAUCCCCCACCCAGUCACCACAUCAAUCGGUGAGAUAUCCUAUGCAGAGCUUGGAUAGACAAGGUAGCACGCACUCCCAUAGCUAUGGGUAUCCAGAUUCUCCACGCGGAAAUUCGGCAAUCUCAUCCUCAAGCCAGCCAGUCAGCGCUCACCCGACCUCAUUCUACCCGGAACCUCCGAGUCACCGAUCAAGAAGUCCGAUACGACGUGAGCCUGUCAAGGCUUCUCAAGUCAAACAAGAGCUGAAGAAAGUAGGACUCAGUUUCAAACCGUCGCCCAAGAGUCUCAGUUCCCUCAUUCAGCGACAAAAGACUUCCGUAAAAGGGAAAACCUCCAACAGCAAGGAGAGCCUAGAUGCUUUGACUGAACUGGACUCUCGUCUGGAGGAGGAGUAUAAGGGGCGCGAUAUCGUCUUCCUCGUGGACAAUGGCACUACCAUGCGGAAAUGGUGGUCUUCAGUCAUCGACUUACUGGAGGUCAUGGUAUGGCGGGCGCUGGCGUAUGAUGACGACGGGAUGGAGAUGUACUUCACCAACCCCGACACAAAUCCAAAGGCCACCGUCAGGGGUAGCAAGUCCCAGUCGGUAAAAUCUUUCACCAAAGCGCUGGACCUUGCAGAGCCUGCAGCAGCCACUUCGCAGACGUCCGCUGUCGAGACCACCAUUAUCCCCGAGCUCGAGCGGAUCAUCAACGACUACACACGGACAAAGACCUCGAAGUACGAACCACGCAAAAAGACCAUCAUUGUGUUGACUGAUGGCAUCUGGAGGGGCAUGCAUGAUGAAUACACCGUCGACACGUAUCUCCGAUCGACUUUCCAUUGUCUGAGAGAUCUGCAUGGCGACCUGACGUACAUUCAUCCUGACCAGCCACACAGCCGAAAGGACGUGUCAGAGAUCAGACCUGUGACAAUUCAAUUUGUUCAGUUCGGCGAUGACAAGAAAGCGGUAGAGCGACUCCGGCGCCUCGACGACGACCUAGCUAAAUAUGGCUGCCCCGACUUAAUCGAUACGGAACACGCCGAAGGCGAUCUAUACAAGAUGUUCCUGGGAAGCCUAUGUCCAGACAUCGAUCGUACUUUGAGAUACAGCAUCGGACCUCAGUCUUCGUCUUCAACUUUCCACAUCCCGCCGGGGCAAGGCUCCGGUGCAUCCACCAACGUUCUCAGUCUCCGGACGAACACGUUGAAUCAACCUCCGCAAGAACCAUAUAGCCUAGCACCUCUACAGACAUCGCCUUUGGCAAUAACACCAGUUGAUUUCUCCGUGAAUCAUCACGGAGCGUUCAUGCCAACCACGCCAAACUACGAGCUUCCUGCCUCUUCACAUGACAGCCCAUCUCACGCCGUGUCUCCUAUGUCACCUCAGUCUUCUCCCCCGCAAAGAGAUCCCAGGUGGCAAGUCGCCGGCCCAUCGUCGGAGAAUGCAGCACCGUCGUGGUCAACAGUGGAAUCGAGUUCGUCCAGCAGGCAGCAUGAGCAGACGCCCCGAUCACCGGCAGCUGCCUCACAAAUCCAGUACUACAGACAUCCGUACAAUUAG